AUGGGUUGCGUUGUAUCUUGUGUCCAAGCUGUCUUCCAUUCCAUCGGCGCUUGCCUGAUGGCCAUCGUCAAUACCAUCGGUGCUGUCCUCCGCGCUAUCAUUGACGGCGUCGUCACCGUCCUCGAUGCGAUCAUCUCCUGCCUGACUUGCGGUGGAUGCGGAAGAAGAGGCGGCGGCCGUCGUCGUAGGGCGGCGGUUUGA